AUGACACUGGAAACAGUCUGCGGCUUCUCCAUGGCGAGCAGAGGCAGCUUCACCAGCUCCGAGUUCUCCGAGGAGGAACCGGACGGGAGUCUUCAAGGGUCCGAGGAGCUGGACAGCAGCGACGGCAGCAGCUCGACGAGUUGUUACCCUAACAGCGCCCUAAGCGAGCCAGAAGAGAGACAAAGCAAGAAACGCAGCAGGCCGGUGCGCUCCAAAGCACGCAGAGUGGCGGCCAACGUGAGAGAGAGGAAACGCAUCAUGGAUUAUAACCAGGCCUUCAACGCGCUCCGGGUGGCUCUGCAUCACGACCUGAGCGGAAAGCGGCUUUCGAAGAUCGCCACGCUCCAGAGGGCCAUCAAUCGGAUCUCGGCUUUGUCAGUCUUCCUCACAAACAAUCCACCAGCAAGUGUGGGGAAGUCCUGCAGCCACCUUGAGUGUCAUGGUCAGCCAGGCGGCUUGUGGCAGGAGCCGUCGCCAUCGCCUCCUGUCCGCCUCGAAUCCCAGAACUUCCUAUCCUGGCACCAGCCGCUCAGCCAUCAUAUACAAAACCCCUUACACAGACUGUCCUCAGAGCAACACACUUUCACCAGCCCUGCUUGUCCGCCGUCCCCUCACUACCCAUGUUUCUCUCCUGACGCCCACGUUUACCCUUCUAGCGAUAUGGCAAGCUCAUCCAGGUAUGGACGGAUAGGUGAUGUUGGAGCAUAUCAGCCAGGAGUUUGGGGCUCUUGUGGACCAAAUCAUAUGGACAGUUAUGGGGAACCACUGCAGACGCUCCCGCUGCCCUGGCACAUGGGGUACCUGCAGGACGCUGGGCCUCAGCACUGCUACAACGCACUGUGA